AUGUUCGGCCUUCUCCCAGACUUGACGCCACGAGACUCGCACUCGAUCUGGUAUACCUCCUCCCGCAACCCCGUAACCCAAGCCGCCCUCCUCGAAGCCCACGACCAGCGCGAAAACAUCAACAACAACAACAACAAUCAUGGCGGCCCCUCCCAACAACAGCAGCAACAACACAGCUCGUCCUCGCGCCGCGCCGGUCACCUGCUCAUAGAACGAUCAGCGCUCGCACGGCUUCGGGUCGACGAGCAGCAGAUGGACCGUCGCCGGUUGCACGUCCAGAACUUUGGCAGCACGUGGCUGAAGCCCCCUGGCGUGCCCAAGAGCCUACAUCAGAUUCGGGAGGAGCUGCGCGAGCAGCAGGAGCACGCCGAGGCUAUGAGGCGGGAGCAGCUCGCGCAGGAGCUCGCCGACGCCGAGGCCGCAGGGCAAGACGGGCUAGAGGAUAUUGUCGAGGGCGAGGAGGGAGAAGAGCCGCGGGACCUUGACGACGAGAUCCCGGACGCCGAGGAAAGUUUCGGGUUCGAUGGCGGAGAGGACAGUAUGGCGGAUGAGCUGUCGAGUAGUGAGGGCGGUAUCCUUGAUAACGGUGGCGGCGGCGGCAGCAACAGCAGCGAUGACGACGAGGAUGAUGAUGACGAUGACGAUGACGAUGACGAUGCGACGGCCGUCGAUGAGGAUGAGGGCGAGAGACGCGACGUGCUGGUCGCUGCGAGGAUGCGCAUGGCUGACGACGCCUUCCGACAGGCCAUGGCCCGGGGCGACGUCGACGGCGACGACAUGUACGGCGCGGAAGAGGAGCUCGAGGCCUCGGGCCAGGGCGACAUGCUCGACGAGGAGGACCUCCUCGCCCCCGGCCAAGGCGUCGGCGCCGACGACGACUUGGGCAUGGACAUGGACGCCGACCUGGACGACGAGAUCCCCGAAGCUAGAGAUCUAAGCGGGGUGUACGAGCACACAGACUCGGAAGCCGAGUCGAGCAUGGUCAGCAGCAGCGACGCACGCGGGGCGACCGACGAGGAGGACGACGACGAUGACGAGGUAGGGGACAUCAGCUUCGCGCCGAGAGCAGCGCCGCUGAGGGCGCCGCUGAGUCCAACGGGGGACCGCGGGCGGGGCCUACGCUUCGCGGCGGCGCCAAGGAGUAGUCUAGACCUAAGCGGGUUGCUGUCCGCGGAUGGGAGCAGCAUGAUGGACAGUAGUCCGAACGUCAGGGCCCACAGGCGUUGA